AGUGGUGUCUAGUGAGUUCCACUUUUUUGACCAAAACCAAAAUGUAUUAGAAAAGUCUUCCACUCUUUCUAUUAACCUUUGCAACUUUCAUUUCUUCAUCACAAAAGCAACCAAAAAACCAGUCUUAGUUUCUUUGCUUCGUGUCUUGUCUCUUUGUUUUUUAAGAAAUCUUCAUGUGCGGUGAUUCUAAGAAAAAAACUUGUCAAAAGGAUUUGAUUAUGGGUUGUGAGUUUGUGAAUGGGAAUAAAGAAGGGCAGUAUCAUGAGGUUUCUUAUUUGCUUGAAUUUUCAGCUGCAGAUGAUGUGAUUGGUUUCAAAAAUGCGAUUGAAAACGAGGGUUGUGAUGUUGAUGGGGUUGGUUUGUGGUAUGGAAGGAACGUUGGUUCAAACAAAUUUGGUUAUGAAGAGAGGACACCUCUCAUGGUUGCUGCUAUGUAUGGAAGUUUGGAUGUAUCGGCUUAUAUUCUUGGAACAGGUCGGGUUGAUGUUAAUCGGUCUAGUGGAUCCGAUGGUGCUACUGCUCUUCAUUGUGCGGUUGUUGGGGGUUCUGCUGCUUCCCCCAAGAUUAUCAAGAUUUUGCUUGAUGCAUCGGCGGAUGCUAGUGCUGUUGAUGCCAACGGUAGCCGACCCGUUGAUUUGAUUGUUUCUCUGGCCAAUUCUAUCUUCAAUCAAAGGAAGAGGAUGCUACAAGCUCUUUUGGAGGGGACAGGCGGUGCUGAUCAGACACAUCUUUUGUUUCCAGAGACAAUUGAUGACAUUGACGAAUAUCAAAGGCAAGAUGUAAACACACCUCGUGUUUCAAAAGAUUAUGCUGUUGAUGUCUCUCUUCCAGACAUUAAGAAUGGGAUAUAUAGUACCGAUGAGUUUAGGAUGUAUACAUUCAAAGUGAAGCCUUGUUCAAGGGCUUAUUCUCAUGAUUGGACCGAGUGUCCUUUUGUUCAUCCAGGGGAAAAUGCAAGGCGACGCGAUCCAAGGAAAUAUCAUUAUAGCUGCGUCCCUUGUCCUGAGUUUCGGAAAGGAUCUUGCAGUAAAGGAGAUUCUUGUGACUAUGCACACGGUAUUUUUGAGUGCUGGCUUCAUCCUGCGCAGUAUAAGACACGGCUUUGCAAGGAUGAGAGUUUGUGCAUGAGAAGAGUUUGCUUCUUUGCUCACAAGGUCGAGGAGCUUCGCCCCUUGUAUGCUUCUACCGGUUCUGCUAUUCCAUCUCCUAGGUCAUAUUACAGUACUGCUUCUACAUUAGAGAUGGGUUCAAUUAGCCCAAUGUCACUUGGUUCUCCAUCUGUUUUGAUACCACCCUCCUCAACGCCGCCUUUGACUUCAUCUGGAGCGUCGUCUCCCGUUGCUGCUACAGCCAUGUGGCAGACACCGUCUAAUGUUUCGAUCCCUACCCUUCAGCUUCCCAAAAGCAGGUUGAAGACUGGAAUGACCGCUAGAGAUAUUAAUUCAGAUAUUGCAAUGCUUAGGGUUGAAACUCAGCGGCGAAAGCAGCAACUACUGAUGGAUGAGAUGUCCGGUCUUUCCUCUCCUUCCAACUGGAAUCAUUCCAUGCCUAACAGUCCAUCUUUUCCGGUUUCUUCGACCAACCAUACCACCGGGGAACUAAAUAGGUUUUCGGGGGUGAAUCCUACAAACCUUGAAGACUUUUUCGGGUCUCUUGAUCCGUCAAUGUUGCAUAAAUUCCACGGAAUUUCACUUGAUUCUGCAGGAUCUCAGUUACAAUCUCCGACUGGAAUCCAAAUGCGUCCGAAUAUGAACCAGCAUCUGCAACAAAACUAUUCUUCAGGCCAUUCCACUUCCAGUGUGAUUGGAUCUCCGACUUAUAGGUUUCAGCCAUCCGGGGAGUUAUCCGCAUCGGCUUUGAAUGCAAGAGCUGCUGCAUUUUCAAAGCGGAGCCAGAGCUUUAUCGAGCGCGGUGUCACAAACCGUCAUUCUGAGCUUCAUUCUCCUGCUAAGCCUUAUGCUUUUUCUAACUGGGGCUCACCCGAUGGAAAUUUAGAUUGGACUUCACACGGAGAAGAACUGAAUAAGCUGAGGAAAUCAUCUUCAUUUGCAUUUCGAACCACCAGUACUCCUUUAACUCCAGCUGCAGCUAGGGCACAGGAAAAUGACUAUGAACCAGAUGUGUCUUGGGUUAAUACACUUGUAAAGGAUGCUACGCCGCAAGAAUCUCAUCAGUUUAGUGUUGAAGAUCAGAAAAGGAAACUGCAGCGCCAUCUUAACAAUGGAACAGAUUCGAUUCCGGCUUGGUUGGAGCAAUUGUACAUGGAUCAGGAGCAAAUAGUGCAGUGAAUGCAAUUUUAGAAGUUACUCACAAUGUUUUGCUCCUUUUUCGCAACUCUCUCAACUCGGCUCUUAAUUCAUUUUAUGAUUUUUUUGAAUCUUAUAGAAUUUGUUUAGAUGACAAUUUGUAAAACUGAUGGAAAAAAUAGUCCCCAAAAGCUAUAGAAUAUACUAUAGAAGUUGGGUAGGAUGCAAAUUUACUGCUCAAGGAACUACAUAUUACCAGAGUAAUUGAUCACAAUUUUUUCUGAUA